AUGCUUGGAAAUGGGAAGAGAAAAUUCGCAAUUCAAACAAGUUAUGAAAUUGGUUUUGAUUCACCUCCGUUAGUUAUGGCUUCUGGUGAUUUUAAUAAUGACAAACGAUCGGAGAUCGUGAUCGUUAACGGUGGAAGUAAUCAUGUGGAUAUCUUUGUUGCGUACAAUCGUGGUUCUUUUGAAAAUCUAAUAAGGUAUUCAGCUGGCUCUUCUCCACGAUCUGUAGCUAUUGGUGAUUUCAACAACGACACUCGACUAGAUAUCGUUGUCGCCAAUUAUUAUAGCAAUGAUGUGAGUGUCCUUCUUGGAUAUGGAAAUGGUUCUUUUGAAAAUCAAAGAAGAUAUUUAGCUGGCUCUUUUCCACAAUCUGUAGUUGUUGGUGAUUUGAACAGGGACACUCGACUAGAUAUUGUUGUCGCCAAUGCGGGUAGCAAUGAUGUGAGUGUCUUUCUUGGAAAUGGAAAUGGUUCUUUUGAAAAUCAAACAAGGUAUUCAGCUGGUUCUUCUCCACAAUCUGUAGUUGUUGGUGAUUUCAACAACGACACUCGACUAGAUAUCGUUGUUGCCAAUUAUCAUAGCUAUGAUGUGAGUGUUCUUCUUGGAAAUGGAAAUGGUUCUUUUGAAAAUCAAACAAAGUAUUCAGCUGGCUCUUCUCCAGUAUGUGUAGUUGUUGGUGAUUUCAACAAUGACGCUCGACUAGAUAUCAUUGUUGCCAAUGGAGUCAGCAAUGAUGUGAGUGUCCUUCUUGGAAAAGGAAAUGGUUCUUUUGAAAAUCAAAGAAGAUAUUCAGCUGGCUCUUCUCCAGUAUGUGUAGUUGUUGGUGAUUUUAACAACGACACUCGACUAGAUAUCAUUGUUGCCAGUGCGGUUAGCAAUGAUGUGAGUGUCUUUCUUGGAAAUGGAAAUGGUUCUUUUGAGAAUCAAACAAGGCAUUCAGCUGGCUCUUCUCCACAAUCUGUAGCUGUUGGUGAUUUCAACAAUGACACUCGACUAGAUAUCGUUGCCGCCAAUUUUGGUAGCAAUGAUGUGAGUGUUCUUCUUGGAAAUGAUAAUAGUUCUUUUGAAAAUCAAAGAAGAUAUUCAGCUGGCUCUUGGCCACAAUCUGUAGUUGUUGGUGAUUUCAACAACGACACUCGACUAGAUAUCGUUGUUGCCAAUUUUGGUAGCAAUGAUGUGAGUGUCCUUCUUGGCUAUGACAAUAUAGUUUUUGUAAAGCAAAUGACACUGGUAACUGGAAAUGAUUCUCGACCACAGUCUUUAGUAAUUAGCGAUUUUAAUAAUGAUGACCUAAUGGAUAUUGGCGUCGUUAAUUCAGGUGCGCACAAUAUUGGUAUUUUUCUUGGAUAUGGAGAUAUCUCUUUUGCAAAUCAAAUAACAUAUUCAACUGGCCUGUAUUCAUCUCCAUGCUCUAUGGCUGUCGGUGAUGUUAACAAUGAUACUCGAGUUGAUAUCGUCUUUGCUAGUUCUCAAAUUCGUCUCGAUACUCUUUAG